UCUUUAUUGAAUAUAUAUCAGUCUAUCUAUAUACGACAUCUUAUAUACCAUAAUUCCCGGUAUUCAUAGUUUUUCUUUAUACUUUAUUGAUUUAUUAUUGUAUUACUAACUAAAAUAAGUAUCAGAGAAGUUUACAUAAAAUUUUUGUUAUCAUUAAUAUGGUGUUGAAUAAAAAGUGGAAGAGAUGAUUCUGACAUUUCGGAUUCUGCUAACAGCUGCGUGUUUCUGUACAUUUUAGUGACGCUGGGUAUGCUGUUUUAAAAAUGGUUACAUCCAAUAAACUCCUUGAUAAAAAGGUGGUGAAAAUGUCUGAGCAGAAAAAUAAUGUCGUAGUUCCUCAGAGAACUUUAUUGGGAGAAGUUAAUGAACAUAUAACUUGCCCUUUAUGCCAUGGUUAUUACAUAGACGCAACCACCAUUGUCGAAUGUUUACACUCUUUUUGCCGAAGUUGUAUUAUAAAACACUUGCAAGUAAAAAGUUAUUGUCCUGUUUGUGAAAUGAUGAUAAAUUCAGCAAAACCAAAUAUUAAAUUAGAUAAAGCACUUCAAGAUAUUGUAUACAAGCUUGUACCUGGGUUAUUUCAAAAGGAAAUGGAUAGAAGACAACAGUUUUAUGCAUCUAGACCAGGGCCUGCUGCAUCUGCUACCCCAGAGCAAAGAGGUGAAGAUACAGAGAGAAUUAUAUUUAGUCCAGAAGAUGUGAUUUCUUUCUCCUUGGAAUAUGCUGAUGUGACAGAUACGGAUAGUAUCUCAAGUAAAUCAUCAGAUAGUAAUGAAGCCCAAACCAUGGCUGCUGCAACGAGGCGAUACUUGCAAUGCCCGGCAGUUGUAAAUAUAAGUCACUUGAAAAAAUUCCUCAGUAACAAGUUUGAUAUAGAUAGUUCUCAAUUUGCAAUAGACAUAUUGUACAAAAGAGUCCCAUUGCCAGAUUAUUAUACAUUAAUGGACAUAGCAUAUAUUUAUAAUUGGAAAAGAAAUGAGCCAAUGCGUUUUUUCUAUCAAAUCAUUGAUUAUGUUGCUAUAAGAAAUAGAUUAUUUGAUAUUAAUAGAAAGGAAUCACAUUUUGGAGAUCGGAAAUCAAGUCCUACUUCUACAGAAGAUACAAAUGUUAGUAGCCCAGCUCCAAAUCUAAAUGAACAUGUAUCAGAGGGUUCCUCAGGAACAGAUAGCCCGAUGCCAGAUGAUAAUAAUUCAAAACCAAUAAGUGAUGUGUGUAAGAAAAAUAAUAACAGUGUUCUUUCACAAAGCAAAGAACUUGCUACACAAAGCAAUGUGGGUUCUACAACACAUGAUAAUUCAGGUAAAAACAGUUGUGCAUCUCCUAAAAAAUGUGAUGAAGAUGAAGAAAAAUCCCAGUUUUUAAAUUCCUUUGAACUAACAGCAAAAAAUAGUUCUGCACAUUUGAAAACUUCACCUGUUAAACCAAAUAACAAUGAUACCACAUGCACAAAUGAGUCAUCUACUGUAACAAAAUUAUCAACUUCUCCAACAAAAGAGGACAACUUGAAAAGAAAGUAUCAAAUACCACAUAAUGUACCCGAGAUGAAGAAAUUGAAAAUUGAAAUUGAAAAAGCCAAACUUACUAAUAUUAAUACAUCGUCUCACAUUGGUUCCCUUACACCUGGGAAUUUGACUGGAAAAACACAAGAAACAUCUAUAAAAGUUAAACCAGAAAGUUCUUCCAAAAGUGGCACAUCUCCAACUUCAAUGAACAUCUCUACACAAUCAGUGACAGGAGAUAAAGAAGAUAAAAAGGAUAUCAAACAAGGACCAUCAAAUGUUAAACAACAAAUGGUAGAAAGCACUGGUAUAAAAAGAAUAGUAAGUGGCAUUCAAAACAAUUCAUCUAUAUCCACACCAAAACGCAAAACUCCAAAUGAAUCACAGCUAAAUAUGUUACCACAAUUAACAUCACAAAAAACAGUUUCACCACUUAAAAUUCAAGUAUCAAGAGCAGAGUCACAACAACCAAUUAAUAAAGCUACAGAUGUACCUGCAGCUUCUACAAACAAAAAAAUACCUGAUUUGAAACCGAGUCUUAAUUCAACCCAAACAUUUCAAAAUAAACAACCAAUCAAUAAAGUUAGGAUGGAUCUUUUAGCUAACAAUAGUGAUAUAGACAGAAGUAAAAUUAUGCCACAAUUGAAAUCAAGUCUUGUUCCACCUAAUAGUGCACAACCUUCAGGAGAUUCACUACGAUCUUUAUUUGACUCAUGUAAAAUUAAUAUUCCUUCAUCACUGUCAAUCACACUCACGGAUCAGAAGUUAGAUGCUCGUAAUUCCAAUGAACCAGUAAAUGUGGAACAGAAAAAGAAUAUUGUAAACAAAAAUUUAACUGGUGCUGGUAAUGCUUUUGCCCAUAAAGUACCAAGCCCCCCAGUACACAAUUAUAUAGAAAUAUUAAAAUUACCUGACACUGAUCCCAAAAAACAAAAUAAAAUAGAGCCUAAUGUUGAAACAAAAUUGAAUCCAAGUGCCAAAGUAGAGACACAUGCCACUCAAUCAAAACCUCCCAGUAAGUCAUCAGAUAUAUCAGCAAAAGGCCCAAUACCAAAUUUAAAACCUAUAUCUGAUACAAAAUUAGGUAAACAGAGUGGGAAUUUCUCAGCUCCAAUCACAUUCCAACAAACAUUUGAACAACAGCUGCAAUCAUUGCAGUCUGAUAAGAAAUCUAAAUUACCUAAAAAUAAAUCUCAAGUUCCAAAACUUGUACCUGCAACACCAAAAACUUUCAGUGCUGUUGGUAAACCAAAUAAUCUCAAUAGUAAGCCUAGCAACAGUGCACCUGCACCUGAAACCAAAACAAGUAGUGCUUUAGAUUUGUCAACAACACAUAAUAUUCAAAGUCAAUUAGGUCCACAGCAAACAUUUGAUAAAGCUUUUGAAAGAAUGCAGUCAAUUGCAAAUUUAGCAAAGAAACAAAACUUACCUUCCAAGGGGUGGGCAUUGACCAUGUCUCAAGGAAAUGUGUUUUCUGGAAUAACCAGUAGGCCAUUAACUUCAGGAGUUAAUCCUGUGAGGGUUCCUUCAACAAAUAAUGUCAAUCAAAUUAAACCUGAAAAAGCAAUAGCAAGCACAUCUCAUUCUAAUAAUGUAGUACAAGAAGUCACAAACAAAAACAAUCCAAUAAAAUCCACAAAUAAUGUUACCUCAACUGUUUCAUCACCAAAUUAUACUGCUAUGUCUCAUAAUUCACCAAAUACUCAACCUUCACCAAGACAAACUCGGUCUCCAAGUUCUUCACCAAAAUUAGUAAUAGCUGAAGAAAAACAAGUCAGCAAUUCUUCAUCUGAAUCAAAUAUUAAUCAGUCAAGUCAGUUAUUGAAUUUACAAUUACCAAAUAUGACUCAAUCCAAGAGUGAAUCUUCCAAAGCUUCACUAGGACCAUCAAAGUCAGGUCUUAAGCCUUUUAAGCCUUUAACUCCAGGAGGUAAAGUGGCAGCAAUUCGUCAACCUAUACCACAAUCUACAAAACUGAAUCCACUGUUAAGUACUUCUUCUGAUUACCAUGCCUUGAUAAGACAUCAGUAUGAAAUGUUUAAAGCUCAGAGACAGUAUGAUAUUAUGUAUAAAAACUCAAUAGCCCAAUCUCAAAAUGACUUUAACAAUAAGGACAAGCAAAUGUCUACUGUGCAAGCAUCAAUACCUUUUAAAUUACGUAAAAGGGUUAAUUUAGGAGUAAAAAAGUCUAAUGUUGAAAAUCAAGAUAUCCUGAACACAGAAGUAUGUAAAUUAAAGAAAUUAAAGAGAACUUUUGCGGACGAAAAUUUAAAGAAUGUUGAUACUCAAGAUUCUUGUAUCCCAGCGAAAGCUUCAAGACGGAAAAGAAAUAAUAAUUUUAUUUAUAAUGACGAUGAUCUAAAGACUCAGGAAUCUGAAAACAAUUUUUUAGUUGAACUUCAAAAACCUUUGACGAGCCGGGAACGGGAAAUUCAGUGGUUAGACAACUUUUUGUCUGACCACCUUGAGAGUGGAGAAUCUGCUUCGUUGUAUGUAUCAGGGCAGCCUGGUACAGGAAAAACUGCCAGUUUAUCAUAUAUACUUCAGUUGAAUAAGUUCAUAAAUGGAUACACACACGUGUAUAUAAAUUGCACAAUGAUGAAAUCUGCUACUAGCAUAUAUAGCAGGAUAUGUAAUGAACUACAAAUACGGACGGCAGGAUCAACAGAAAAAACUUGUUUAAAUGCUAUAGAAAAAUUUUUACAAAAGAAACAUAAGAUGAUUUUGCUGGUAUUGGACGAGAUUGAUCAGUUAGAUAGCAAGCGGCAGUCUGUUCUGUAUACAAUAUUCGAGUGGCCAGCGAUUGCUGCUUCGGGCCUUGUACUCAUCGGAAUUGCGAAUGCUCUUGACCUAACUGAAAGGACUCUGCCGAGGCUGCAGGCUCGCUGCUCUCUUAGACCUAACACAUUGCAUUUCGCACCGUACACCAAAGAACAGAUUAUAAAUAUAUUCACCACUGUGCUUGCUAAAGAAGAUAAGAGCAAUGCGUUUUCGCCAGUUGCCUUGCAAAUGUUGGCAGCUAAAAUUGCCGCUGUAUCUGGUGAUAUGAGACGAGCUUUAGAUAUAGGGAGAAGAGUUAUCGAACUAGCUAGACGCAGUAAAUUCUCAGAGAAUCAAUCUGUUGACAAUAUGAUGAAGGACGCCACAGUAACCGUAGAGCUAAAACAAGUCCUCCAAGUACUUAAUGACGUUUAUGGUGGUUCAAGGAAUAUAGAAAACGAUGUGGAUGAGGGCAUUCCUAUGCAACAAAAGCUGAUACUGUGUAGUCUCAUGCUGAUACUAACGAAGGGGAAGAAUAAAGAUGUUGUAAUGGGAAAACUGCAUGAUGUUUAUAAAAGAGUGGCGUUGGCACGGAACAUCGCUCCAUUGGACAUGAGCGAGAUGGCGGGCGCAUGUUCGCUUCUGGAGGCACGCGGGGCGGUGCGGGUGUGCGGGUCAAGUGGGGCGGGGGGACGCGGCCGUCGCCUACGCUUGCAGUGGGACGAAUCCGAGCUUGUCGCUACCCUACGGGACAAGCCUUUACUUUCCGCUAUACUUAACGACGUCACCUGUUUAAACUCUAUCUAAAACCUUCCUAAUAGAAUUGCAAGUGUUAUUAAGGAGCAUGAAGAAGAAAUAAUGCCUCUUUUGUUUACCAUUCGUUUUUGUCGCUUGCACAUUUUGUAUUAUAUCAUAUCGUUGCAAUUGCAUAGAUGUUAAUGUUAUAAUACGUACUGUGUAUGUACAUAGACACGGGUUCCUUCAAAAUAAAAAAAAAAAGAUAUCUGUAAUCUGAGAUCAUUAACUAUACAAUAUUAACUUUUAAAGUUUCGCGUUGCAUGGUUUAUAAGAGACGGCAAUUAGGUAGAUGAGGUAAAAACGUCAGGUAAAUUAUCAUACGUUACCUAAAUGAUCGCGUUAAUUCCCGUCUCUUAUAAACCAUUAGCUAUACAAUAUUAAAUCUCUUUGUUUAUUUUGAAGCAGUAAUAUGUUUUAUAGAUGGUCAAAAACAUUAAAUAAAGGUCAUUAUGAUAUUCUACGUACUGUAUGACCAUGCUUUAGUUAGAAUAAUCAGCGUGCACGAAUGUGGUUAGAUUUAAUAAAUAACAAUGGAAACGCCGCCUGCGUUAACGGUAUACGCUAGCGGGCCAACACUGAUGAAUGAUAGGUGAGAUGAAAAGGCAGAUCAGUUAGUCUAUUGUGGUGAAAACACCAGGAAUUAAGCGCGAUGUUUUCCAGCGAGGAUCAUGUGGAGGUCAAUCUGACAGGGACCACUACCAAUAUAUGGUAGUAAUGGGACUGGUAAUUAGUAUUACUAACAAUCUCUUCAAAAUGUGGAUAGAUUAGCUAAUUAAGACUGACCUAGAAGACUGCUCAGAUUGCUGCAGGUUCAGAAUAUCUGUGUAUCAAAGUCUUGGAAAAAGAUCUCAUAUGCGGAUCGUAGAUUCUGCGGUGUCUUCUUAGUUGUAGGAUUGGUCAGAAUAGUUUUAUAGUGGAUUUUUGUUUUAUAUUUAGACAAUUUAUUUAUUGAUUUUUUUGUAAUGGCACCGCACAUUGACUCAUUUGCAUGCGCAAUAUUUUAACUUUCUGACGUGAAAUACAUAUGUUCUUUGUAAUUGAUGUGUUUAGUAAAUAUUUUAAAUAUGCCUUUAUCGAAAUAACUAUAGAAAUCAAAUAGUUAAGAAGGUGUUUGUAUUUCUUGGUUAUGUACUGUUCUCUAAUGUUAUUUUUGUAUUAUUUCUAAACGACCAAUUUUGACAAAUAGACAUCUUGUUUAUUGAAUAUAAUUAUUAUUUCAUUCAAUCGCACGAUACCCAUUGCUGUUUGAUAUGGCAAGUAUACUCAUAUGGACCAUAUAUACUAUAUGUAUAUAUGACAGUGUUUAAUACAUUUUAUAUAAAAAAGUACUUUUUUUCUUUAGUAUAAUUAUUGAAAUAUCACAUUUAUGACGAUUUAUAUUAAUACUGUUCCGUUUAAAGAAGUCUAUAUCCUUUGGUAUACAUUAGUAAUUUUUGGUAUAUACUCUCUUUUGAUUUAAUUUGGUUUCAAAAUUAAGAUAUUUGGAAAGCGACCUGUGUGUUUAUAUUGUAUUUACAUAGUCUGUAUAGAUAUCACAGGUUUUUAAAAGUAAAUUGUAAAAUUUAAAAAAUUCAUAUCGUUGGUUUGUAUUGAUGAAAGUAAAUGUGCAUUAAAAAAGUAGGUAAAUGUAAAUUACAAUAGAACUGUAUUUGUUAAUAUUUCAAUAUAAAUUAUUGUUGACGAUCUUAGUGGUUUAGCGAUUCAUUUCGCGCAAAUUUGUAAAUACAAAUGUGUGGGAAACGAACUGCUAGACCACUAAAGUCGUACUCAUAAAUAUGGGUAUGACUGUUUGUAUUGAUCUGGACGUUUUCUAUGUAUGUAUUAACAAAAAUUGGAAAUAUUUCUAUCAGUUGUAUCUUAUAAUAUAUACAUAUAUCUUUAUUAAUUUCAAACUAGAUUUAAUAUGGCCAGUGGUAUUUGUAUUUUGGAGUACUUUACAGUAUAGUAAGAAUUUUGAUAAUCUGUAGCCAUUCGUACUUGCGAUAUUUAAUACAAGGAUAGAAAUAUGUGUAGAUAAGGAUGGGUACACAUACCAUUUUUUUUGUAUGUGGUCUCUUAUUAUUUAAAAGAUUGUAAAUGCCUAUUGAAGUAAAAAUACGAAUAUACGGUUCUGACAUAUUCUACGAAUCACUAUAUUAUAGAAUAUUCAUAACAUUUACGACAUACACGCAUCAUUUGUAAUACUCUUCCAAUCAUGACUAGGAACAUUAUUAUCUUACAAUUCGAUAUGUAUCACGCAAAUCUGUAGAUAUUAUGAUUGUUAUGUAAUUUUUUGUUCUGUGAAUAAUUAUUGCUUCCUUGUGUUGGUCACAGCAUUGUCUUGAUAUUGUUUGUUUCCAAUGGUUCCUUUUAUGAAUUAUUUUAUAACGUUUCUCUCUGAAUCUAGAAUAUGGUCUAUCUAUGUGCCAGAUUAAAUUCCGAUCAUCUCUAAUGCCUUUCAACUUUUACAUUUUAUAUAAUUUGUUCUUUAUUACAUUGAGAAAUAUAGUAACAAUUAUAAUUAGGGAUUAAUGUAAGUGAAGAUGACCUCAUCUCUAAAUAUCUCAAUCCAGUUCUUUUCCUAACGUAACGCUAUGGCAUAGGAAGUAAUGAGUGGACAAUAGUGCUAGAGAAUAUAUUUGGUGUACUACCACUUGCCAGUAAAAUUAUAGGGUAUGUAGGCAUAAUAUCUUAGUCUUUAUGAAUGGAAACUAUAAACAUUGUUUUCUUUAAAUUAUUAUGUUACUGGCGGUUAUUCAUGACUAUUGGCAAUAGUGAGCCCUUUCUAUCAGGUGCGCUGUCAGUUUGUUUGGCAUUUCGAAUUGCAAAAAAAACAAACAUUGAUAGUAGUUAGAUAAUUUCGCUUUUAAACCUGUUGAAACCACGUAGGUGUUAUUUCUUCGUCUUUUAUUUAUCUGAGAUGUUAUGUAAUUUCGUUGGAGACUUUCAUCUGACGUGGUGGUUGUUUACUGUAAUUAUUUCAUUCGAAAUCAAUAACUGAAUAAGCUGUUUAUUCUAAUUUACCGUCUAACAUUUUAGAACCGGUUACAUUUUCAUAUUUACUAUUUACAUUUUAAGUUUUGUGCUUUCACUAACGUUAUAACCGUUAUUAUGUGUCUAUCUAUAUUCAGAUUUAAAUUUUACAUUGAUUAUGUAAGCUUUAAAUUAUUUGUGUCUUUAGACCACGUUUUUAUGUUAUUUUGUAGUUUUUUUUAUAUAAUAUGGAUAGGUAGUAUCAAAUCCUAAAUAGAUACGAAAGUUUUUUAUUUACCUACUUAUAAUUUAAUUAAUCUUUAAUAUUAAUUUGUUAUAUAAAUUACCUUGAUCAUAACUAAUAUGUUAUUAUCUUACUAUAGUGCGAAAAUUCGUUAUAAUUUUAUCAUUCUGCUACAUCCCGCUCUUUAACAAUUUAACAUUAUAUAUAAUUUAAAUUUUAUGGAAAACGACAGCAACAGUUGUCAGAAACAGGUGUUACGCGAUAUCACUGAUUUAUAUUAUACUGGCUUCUGUCUGUGACUUAUGGUAUUCGGUAGUCCCCAUAAAAUCUGAAGUAGGUGACUCCAAGAAUAGGUACCUACACGUUUAUAGCUUGUCAACCGGUACAGCAACUAACAUACUUACCGUCAUAAGUAUGUUAGUUGGGAACUCGGCGGCUCUUCGCGAGAGUUCAGUGUAUCACUAAUACCCACCGAUUUAUAAUUUUACUAGUAUAUAUAUUAGUAUAUGCAGGCACUGGCCAGUGUCAUAAUUCGAACGUAACGUGAACUAUCGAAGUCACAUACAAAGUGAAGUAACGUCUCGUUGGUGUGUCGGGCGAUACCUAUCUAUGUCCGUCUAAUCUCAAACAGCUUAUUUAAAAUGCUUUUUUGAUUACUUUUACGUUCUUAUUACGUAAGUUUUCUUCAAUUGAUAAUUAUACUUUUAAUUACAUUUAAUGGUGUCGAUUCUGAGGAGUCAUUUCUGUAAACCUAUCUCUUAACCUAACAUGUAUUUUAAUUUGAUAAUUUCGUGAAAUUACUGUUUUAGGGACCAUUAUAAACUAACAUUGUAAUAAUUUUAAAUCUAUUAAAAAUUUAAUUUAUAUUGCUCCCUAGAAUAACAAUAUAAUUGUAAUAUCAAAAUGAAAUUUUACUUUUAGAAGUAGGUUUAGGGAAAUAACAACUCGGUAUCGACACCAUUGUUAUAGUUUCUUAAAAAUAUUUUGAUAUAUUUUGUUUCUAGUAAUAUCGUCUAUUAAUAUUGAGGAUGAUUUUGAGGCGCCAUUUAUGUAUUUUAUUUUGUAAGAUUUUUAAGAAUAAUGAUAAUUAAAACAUUUGUAUGUUAAUUCAAAUUAACAAAAGAGUAAGUCGGGGGUCGUGAAAUGUUUUUUCAUACUAUUUGUCAUGAAAAAGGUUGAAAAACACUGGUUUACAGAAAUAACAUCUCAGAAUCGGGACCCACUGUAGUUGACCAAAAGAAUAGAAGAAGACUGAAGAGAAGAAAAACGGCGUUUUUUAGUUAUUAUAACAACUUAUUAUGUAAGCCAAUAUAAUAAUUUAUUAUUUUAAAUUAGGUUAAUAUUAAAAACACUUCUAUUAUACGUAGUGUUAAUACUUAAAAUGUAAUUGUGUGGUAAACUAAAAACUGGUAAAGAAUUUUAUUGUGACUGGAACUUUCAGUUUGUAAAUCUUAUCCUCUUUAACUGUAACUUUAUAGGUAGCUAUUUAUUUGAAGUGUGAUUUAAUGUAUGACGAAAAUACAGUUAUUAUAAAAUGACUUAAUGUAUGUAAUUGUAUUUUAAAACACGGUCAAUAAAACUUAUAUUUUCCUUUAAAUAAUGUGGUCAUAAAUGUGAAUUGAAUUUAAUAUAUCUUGUUUCUUUAUAUCUUUAUUUAUAAGUAUUGUAUAAAACAUCUGUUUUUAUUGAAUUUCUUUAGUUUUAAAUUGUCUUUUUGAUUCUUUUUUUCCGUUUCGUUUUUUUAUUAUGUGGGAAGUAAAUAAAACAAUCAAGUAAAAAUA